AUGCAGGCGAUUAUAUUGGAUGAUCAGCCGGCGGAUAUGCAUGCCGUGGAGAAAGGCAUUGUGGGUGUGUUUGAGAACGUCAGCUUGGACAUGUGUGCCAUCAUAGACAGGUGAGACACACACGUGCACACACACACAAACACACACACACAAACACACACACACAGACACACACACACACACACACACACACACACACACACACACAAACACACAGACACACACACACACACACACACACACACACACACACACACACACACACACAUGAAAGGCUAUCUAAACGUUUUAUAUUUGAUGGGUAAUGUGGUCAGAGAGCUGAUGGUCACUAGAGACAACAACACCAGUAUGAGAAAUAUCAUAUUGAACGCUAAAUCUGAAAUGUAUCUCCAGAUGAAUACGUUGGAAGUUAUAUUUGCAUUUCUGAUUGCAGGUGGUCCACAUUUCCUCAGUCAUAUAAAUAUGAAAUCUCUCUCCAAUCAAUGCAUCUCUGUGAUGCUGAAGCUGUGUUAGAUUAAAUUAACUCCUUCUCUGAUGCUGAAUGCUUUGUUACAACAAAUUAACUCCCCAUAAAACGAGGUGUGUUUGACAAGAGUUUUUGGUAAUUCAAUAAAUUGAUAGAAUUGAUAGAAUUAAUGGAUCAAUAGUAUUUAUAAUAUAAGACUUUGAGAGAGGUUGGUUUCAUUCCUUCACAUUUCUUGUCUGUUCAAAUGUGUGAUAUGUUGGGUUGUUGAUAUUGCUGGCCACAGAAACAUCGCUGUUGUAAUUGUACUGAGAGACAAUAAGAUGGAAGGCUAAACUUCCUCUCUCUCUCUGUCUCUGUCUCUGUCUCUCUCUCUCUCUCUCUCUCUCUCUCUCUCUCUCUCUCUCUCUCUCUCUCUCUCUGUCUUUGACUGUCUGUCUCGCUGCCCCUUCUGUUCUCUCUCUCACUCUCCUUCAAUCUCUUCCUCUUUCCCUGUCACCCACAUGUUCCUCCCACUCUCUCUCAUAGACAUAUGUGUGUGUGUUUGUCUGUGUCUGUACUGCAUAGGGAAUUUGCAAACCUUGAUUUAACACCAGUUUCGUAAUGCGAUUGUGAGUUGAGAGCACUGAUAGUCUUGUCUCUUUCCGCUUGGAUUCCCCAAGGUAUGGAAAAUGUGUCUGACUCCAAUAGCUGCAAUACUUCAGUGGCUUUUCACCCAACUUCCUCUUAAGUGUUAUAAAGCCUUUCUUUUCAUCAGAGUGAACAGCUUUGGAGGGGUUUUGAUCACUUAGCAUUUUCCCCAGGUGGUUUACCUAAGGCAAGCCUCUGUUUUGUCCUCCUUGGAUUUAAAAGCAGGAAUUUACAUUCAUAUGUAACCCAGUGUAUGUCUGGAGGAUGUUUGUGAUAGCUAACCCUGGGACGGUAACACUUUUGAUUGAAGCCUAGGGGCAUUUCAUCCAGCUUACACAUCAAAACAUGUUUCUGUUGGAAAUGAAUUCAUCAGUGUUUUGGGGGAAUAACAUAUAAUGAAUGGUAUGUAUAAGAACUAAUAUAUGUUGAAUAAAAUAAAAUAAAAACUGCCUUGAGAGACAGUUAUUAUUAAUGGUUCUCCCUCUCACUCUCCCCCAUCCUCUCUCCCCAUAUUAUAUCUUUCUCUCUAGGUGUAUGCCUAACCAUUGUGAGCAUGGAGGCAGGUGUAAACAGACAUGGGACAAUUUUAGCUGCACCUGCGACAGAACCGGAUACACUGGAGCCACCUGCCACACCUGUGAGUGUGGGUGUGUAUGUGUAUGUGUGUGUGUGUGUGUGUGUGCACGUGUGUGUGUUUUACAAAGAAAAGAGUGAGAGAGAUGUAAGAAAGUGUAGUCAGAGAUGGUUGGUUCUUAAUCGAAAAAAGUAUCCAUCAAAAUCCAACUGAAACUCUUUCUCUCGGUCUCUUACUGAAACAUAAAUCAGAUUCUCAUCUCUGGAUAAACACAAUCACACCAUCAUCAUGCUGUCACUCAAACUGUGUGUUUGUGUGUGUAUGUGUGCGUACGGAAAUAUGAGUGUUUGACAGACAAUGUGUGAGAAAACCAAAAAUAUUAUUUGUUUGUCAGUAUUUGGAAGCAGAGUGACAGCGUCAGUUUUUGGAAGCAGAGUGACAGCAACUUUGAAAUUGCCUGCUAGUAAAGUUACAUGCAUCACAUUACUGCAGUUCCCUUUUAUUUACACUUUCAGAAAUGUCAUUAAUCAUCUGUCAUUCAGAAGUCAACACACUCACUCAGACAGACACACACACACAAACACACACACGGUCGUCCUUCGGAAGUCAGAUAAGUCUAUUCUGUUUUAUGAAUAUGAGACAGAAGAUAUGAGACUGCACACAAAUUACUUCUCAAACACACACACUCACUCACACACUCACACACAAAGCUGAGCCCAAUGAAAGAAAAUCUCCAGACAGAAGAAGUGUUUGUGUAAACUAGCAGAGUCUGAGUGGUGUUAGGAGCUGUCUGUGGAACUGACUGACAUUGAGGUAUCAGAGGUGAAGGGACAGCGGCAACUGUGCUGACUCGCGGUACAUCAACUCUCAAGGCACUACUUCUCACUGUCUACUUCUCCUUCUCUACCCUCUCUCUCUGUCUGUCUGUCUAGGUCUGUCUGUCGGUCGUGUUCUCUCUCUCUCUCCUCUCUCCUCGGUCUCUACUCAUGA